UUAAAAUAAUGCAUAUAUUAUAUAAUUCAAAUUAAAUCAACGCAAUUAAUUAAUUCAAUUCCUCAUGUAUAGUAAAUAUUACCUUAUUCUUACUAAUCAACCUGAUUCUUACAACUCUCCCUUAUAUUUUUUAAGUGCCUCAAUUUAAAUUAUGCCUAUUAUAUUCACAUACAUCACUUUGACCAAUGUUAGUUGGUGCUUACAGAUAAAAUUAAACAUAGUUAAUCCGUAUAUAUAGGUAAUGUUAUUAGAUUAUUUCAAUGUAAACUUUUUUGAAUAUCAGCUAUAUAUUAUAGUAUACCUGUAUAUUUAUUGAUAAUGAAAGAGAUAUAAUUAGUUAAAGUUUUGUGUUGACAAAUGUGCCAAUUAUAAAUUUGGGGCAGUUAAAAUGAACCGGGAAUAAUAUUUAGUUAAAGUUAUUGUAAAUCCUUUUUUAUUUUUUUAUUUUUUAUUUUUUAUUUUUUUUAACCAUUUACUUCACAUUUUAAUAUCAAAGCACAAGGUUUACUCCUUAAGAAUAUACGGGGGGUGGUAAAAAGUGUAUACCUAUUAUGAGUAUAAUGGAUUAUUUGGUAAAACCUUUUCAUAUCUAGAAUUACAUAAGGUUGGGAUUUUGGACCAUUUACCCUAAAAUUGCUAAUUCUAGCUAUACGUACAAAGGUAGUAUAUAAAUUAUGGUAGUAGGGUUCUACAUACAAAUCUAUCAAUUCAAAAUUUCAUGCUAUAGACAUAUAGAGUAUAGCCUAGAAUUCCCUUAUAGAUUCAUGAAACCAAUUGCAAUUACGACAUUCUCAUGCACUUCUUCAUUAGGCAGUUUUAGUAACAAAGAUGAUGAUAAGAGAAUUGAACCUCUCAAUCUUUUUCCGGACAAGGCCGAGGGCUUCUCAAGUGUCAAGGAUUUCAACAACGCGAAAAAGCUUAACAACAAAGAAGGAGAAGAUGAUAAUAACAACGGCGUUACAGUUGCCUUGCACAUUGGGUUACCUAAUCAUGAUAACUUGGUAAGGAAGGGAAAUGGAAAUGAUGUUGGUGAUAACAAUAAUAAUCACCUUCUAAUGUCUAAUAAUUAUUGGAUACCAAGUGCUGCUCAAAUUCUAGUAGGGUUCACCCAUUUUUCUUGCCACCUUUGUAGUAAGACCUUUAACCGUUACAAUAAUCUUCAGAUGCACAUGUGGGGCCACGGAUCACAGUACCGAAAAGGCCCAGACUCAUUAAAAGGAGUCCAACCACGAGCCAUACUAAGUGUACCAUGCUAUUGCUGCGAGGAAGGGUGCAAAAACAACAUCAACCACCCAAAAUCUAAGCCUUUGAAGGACUUCCGCACACUACAAACUCACUACAAGCGCAAGCACGGCCACAAGCCUUUCAGCUGUCGUAAGUGCGGCAAGUCGUUGGCCGUCAAAGGCGACUGGCGCACACACGAGAAGAAUUGUGGCAAGCGUUGGCUUUGUCUUUGUGGUUCUGACUUUAAGCAUAAGAGGUCACUUAAGGAUCACAUUCGCGCUUUCGGGUCUGGCCAUGCUCCUUUCCCUCCUUCCUUUGAUACCGUUCAGCUACUAUAGUUGAUUUUACAGUGAUAGUGUUGGUCUAAUGGAUCUUCAUGUGACAUGUUUGCUGUUGUACUACUAAUCGAUAUAAUGAUUGGCGAAGUAUUAACUUCAAUAUUUCAAUACGUUCAUCCUUAAUUUUUAAACACAAUUCCUUUCAUGACUUCUAUUUUUUUUUCUUUUCUUUGUGCUAUAAUUAUUAAUACUUUUAAAUUCACAUUUGUCAGUGUUUAAGUUCAACUAGGGGUGUGUAAAUCGGGUACCCGAUCAAAAUUUUAGGAUCCGGACUCGAAAUUGGUUGGGACUGGGUCCUAAAACUCAGAACCGGUAUAAUCGGGUCCUAAAAUUUAGGAGUUGAAAUUGGUUCCACCGGGUACUAAUUCCGGUUCUGGGUACCCACUUAUAUACAUACUUGCUAAAAUAUAAUACAAAUCAUAAUAUUUCUUGGUUUAUUUUCAUUUUUAGCAUUUAAUACUUAUAUUUUCAUAUGAAUUAAGCUAAUUUAUGAUAGACAUUAAUAUUAUUUUACUAACUAGAUACAUUCAACAUAUUUUUGUUUUUUUUUAAAAUAUAUAUUUAGUUGAAUAUAUGUUGGGUAACCGGGUACCCAACCGGUUCUGGUUCCUAAAAGAUUGAGAAUUGGAAUUAGAAUCGGUUGCAACCGGGUCCUUAAUUUAUUACCCGGAAUUGGAACUACCGGGUCCAAUUCCGACUCCGGACCCGCCGGUUCCUAACCGGUUCCGAUUCCAAUUCCGAGUACUUAGAAUUUCUGCUCACCCUUAAGUUCAACUAUUGAUAUCUUUGUUUCAAUAAGUCAAAAUUAUAGCAAAUUUGAUGUUUUAAUUUGAUACAUUGAGCCACUUUAAUUUGGAAAAAAUAAAAAAUUACAAGUAUAUACUUUAAGUCAAUUGUAAUAAGAUUUUACAUAAAUAUAUAUAAAUUAUUUCUUGAAUAUUAAUCAUCAUAUAUAGUUAAAUUAGAUUAUGUAAAUAAUGUAAAAGUCAAAGUGUUAAAGUGCUUGUCUUGUAAAAAAAAAAAAAAAAAAAAAAAAAAAAAAAAAAAAAAAAAAACAAACAAACAAAAGGUGUUGUAAGUGUUAAGAUAUGAUACGGAUUACUUUUAUUAGUUUUGAGUAUAUGGGGCUAUUUGAAGACCACCUGAUUUGUAUUGGUGUUCGGAUUUGAACUCAAAUCUUCUUUUGGGCGUCCAUAGCGUAAGAGUAGAGAGUUCGUCCAUUAGGAGCACAGAGUGCAUGCAAUGGACCACAGUUUCAUAGGGUGGGAUUGCCCUGGGCUUUGUUUGCAAAAGAUGCACAAAAAUGGGAAAGGGUAAAUAAAAUUAAGUUGCAAACUUACCAAUUUAUUACUCUACGUAGUAUAUUGAAACAAUACUUAAACAGAAGGAAGUGUAUAAGUUCAUAAUAUAAUGUAGGACCACAUAAUAGCUUAAAUUAAUUUCAGAUCAAACAUUACAACUCCAACAUCACCAACUUUAAAUUAUUUGGGAAUAUAAUAGAAAAAAGAAACUUGGUGAACCAAUUCAAUCUCACUUAACACUUUUUUUUUUUUUUUUUUUUUUUUGGCAAUAAAACAAAUUAGCACAAGUUUGCCUCCAAAGAAAUAGUUGUAUCAAAGAAAAACAGAAACAUAAUUUAUUCAUUAAAUUCAUCCAAUAAUUAACUAGGCAUAUGAGCUUGCUUGCUCAAUUUUAUGAUUGCUACUUGACUUUUUUGAGAGAAAGAACCUCUUGGUUGACUAAUUUUUCAAAGUCUAAGUAGGAUGAACCACUUGGAGUUGCUAAUGCUUCUUCAGCUAAUUUUUUCCACUCCAAUGCUUUACUUGCCAUUUCUUCCCCCCUUUUGUCUUCCAUAAGCUCUCUCACUUGUCUCUCAACCUCACUUCUCCUUACAUCGUUGUCGAUCUCCAUGCCUAUGCCCCACUUUUCGAAACUAAACCAACAAUUGGUUUGUUGUUCUGCGAAGAAAGGCCAACACAUAAGUGGCACCCCGCUACAUAUAGUAUCUAGUGUCGAGUUCCACCCACAAUGUGUCAAAAAUGAGCCAAUUGAUGGAUGGUAUAAGAUUUUUUCUUGAUCACACCAACUAGUCACUAGACCUCGAUCUUUUGUUUCAGCUAGGAAUUCAGGUGGUAUAACAGCGGAAUCUCCAGUUACAAUAUCAGGUCUAAGAAUCCACAAAAGGGGUGCUUACUAUUAGCAAGACCCCACGCAAAUUCAAUAAGAUUUUCAUUUGUCAUAGUUGUGAUGCUCCCGAAACUUACAUAAACAACGGAUUUCGGCUUCUUUGAGUCAAGCCACUCAAAGCAAGUCGAAUCCUCCUUCCAUAGGUUAGACCCCAAGGACUUGACCGCGGCAUCAUCAGACACAUUAUUUAGCUGCAAUUGCAUUGGUCCGAUGUUGUAUAUCGGACCAACUACAAUUUUCAAUAUGUCCUCAAGAACAUCAUGCUCCAAUGCAUCAAAAGAGUUAAAAAUAAUUGGUGCUGAAGACUUAGCAGCUCUUUCAGUUGUGAAUUUUAGGAAAUUUAACAUAAUGUCAUCUUUGUCUGUGGUUAGGAUAAAGGUUGGUAUAUAUUUCAAUUGUAUACCUUUCAUGCUAGGUACCCAAUCGACGACCAUGUCUAAGGAGACAUCGGUUGCGAAAUUUGAAUCUGUUUUAAAGGCAAAGAAUAAAUAUGAUCAAGUAACAAAGCUGUUUCGGGUGAAAACAAUGGGACCUUGCCGAAGGUCCGCUGAAACGGAGAAGACUAGAUUCGG